AUGACCAUAUUAGAGCCCGAAGUAUUUCAAAAUAAAAACGUUGAACUGAUCGAAGCAAUCAAAACAUUUGGUCGUAAUUAUAUUCAAACUAUAGAAAGUGAUUUUAAGCCAACAAUGGAACACAACAUUGCCACUGCUUUAUACAUCAGGAUGAAAAAAUUGACAAAAAUGGAUGCAGCAACAAGAGAAAAAACUUAUGAUAAAAUAAAUGAACUUAUUUCUAACACUGCUGUAGAACCCAUAGCGAAAGUGCAAAAAAAAAAGAGGACAUCGAAUAAUUUGUUUGAUUCAUUCGCUGAUUCUGAUGACGACGGUGCCAAUCAUAGCGGGGGACUUAUGAAUGCUGAUAAAUAUUGCCAAGAGUUGCAAGAUUAUUUGCAAAUGAAGUUACCCGACAGUGAAAUCGACGACAACAAUGACACUGCCUUUAUAACGCAAUGGUGGUUCAAACAUAGAACCAUAUUUCCCAACCUCUUUAAAUUAUUUAUGCGAAUAAGUGCAAUUCCAGCUUCAAGUGCGCCAUCAGAACGUUGCUUUAGUGUCACAGGACAAGUGAUAUCUGAAAGACGUUCUUGUAUUCUACCACAAAAUGUAGAAAAUAUCAUCAUGUGCCGUAACAUAUAUGAAUAA